AUGUGGACAAGCUUGCUGACAGCUGCAGGUCUGUCAUGUCCCAGUGAUCCCAUAGAGUUUCUGAAGAACACUCUUCUGGCCCUCUACGGACCGGAUUAUGUCCAGGAUGUAGACUGGUACAAGUUUCUUCUGGAUGCAAACCGGUGCACACCAUCGCCCUCUCUGACUCGCAGGAGUAUGUGCGCCACCAUCGAUCCAGAAGACGACAUAUUGUUCUUCAUUCUGCUGGAGAAGGCAUACUGCUGCUACAGGAAAAGUCUAACAAGCUCCUGCUUCAGGAAGUGGAAGAGUUUCACUGUGCAGAGCAAGAGAGAUACCGCAGUGGUGUCCCUGAAGAUUGACGUGAGAAUGAAGCAGUCUGAGAGGAGAUGCCAGCAGGCCACACUCACCAAAUGGUUGAAAUGGGUAGAAUUACACAAGAUGACCCAGGCUGCUGCUGUCGAGAAACUUAAGAGACUCGUAAACGCCCGUCGCCUUCGACGCAUUAUAGCUGCAUGGAACAAUGUUGCAAUGGAGUCAAGGAGAACAAAAGAAUACCUCAAGAGGUUGGAUAUGAUUUUUUCCGAAACAGUCAACAGAGAAAACCAGACUGGAGAAGAAUGUGACCGACUCUCCAUGCUCCCUCACAGCCUCUCAUUGAAGAUCUUUCAGUAUCUAGAAUUGGGAGACAGGUUGAAUUGUGCUGAGGUUUGCUGGGCAUGGAAAUCUGUACUCCAAUCCAGCACACUGUGGAGCCAGAUCAACGUCUCUGUAGAGAAACACUGGAUAACCGACAGCACGAUGAAACAGGUUCUGCAGAGCUACCGACCAUUUGUGAUCUAUCUGAACCUGCGAGGCUGCACGUCACUGACAUGGAACAGCUUCAGAUGUAUCAGUGAAUGCAAAAAUCUCCAGGAGCUCAAUGUAUCCGACUGUUUUAAUGUCACAGAUGCGAUGAUUCAGGAUAUUGUGGAGGGCUGCCCCUGCCUGCUCUACCUGAACCUUUCCUGCACACUUGUUACAGACAAUACUCUCAGAGAGCUGUCCAGGAACUGUCUCAACCUUCAGUACCUGAGUCUGGCUUACUGCACCAGAUUCACAGACAAAGGAUUUCUGUACCUGACCACUGGGAAGGGCUGCCACAAUCUCCUCCACCUCAACCUGUCCGGCUGCACUCAGAUCACUGUGAACGGGUUCACGCACCUUUCAGCGGGAUGCCCUUCGCUCAGAGAAGUUGUGAUCAAUGACAUGCCCACACUGUCUGAUAACUGUAUCCUGGCACUACUUGCCAGUUGUCGCGAUCUCUCUGCCAUUUCUCUCCUGGAUGCUCCUCAUCUUUCUGACAUCGCCUUCAAAGCCAUCAGCGAAGCAGCCACGCUGAAGAGCUUCAGUACAGAGGGAAACUCCCAGCUCUCAGACGUCAGCUGGAAGGCUCUGUGCAGAGGCUCACAAGGCCUCCUCAGACUCCACGCCGCAAAAUGUUCUAGAAUGACCGACACCAGCCUCAAGUUCAUGGCCACCCUGAGGAAACUGCAGUACCUGGACAUCUCCCUCUGCAGCAAGGUGGGUGAUCCUGGGAUCAAAUAUUUGACUGAAGGCUGGUCAGCCGGCAAAUUGCGGGAGCUGAAUGUCAGUCAGUGCAGUCUGAUCACCGACAUCUCUGUCAUGAGGAUCGCAGACAGCUUGUGUAAACUCUCCCACCUCAACUUGAGUUACUGUGCGAAGCUGACCGACGCGAGCCUGGAGUGGCUGAGAGGCAGCUCCAUCCGCUCGCUUGACCUCAGAGGUUGCAACAUCCAGGACCAGGGGCUGGCUGCCAUGGAGGAGAUUAACCUGACGACUUUAGUGCUCGCAGAGUGUGUCAAAAUCACAGAUAAUGGCAUCAAGAUCCUGUGCCAGAACAUGAAAGAUCUGGAACAUGUAGAUGUGUCUCACUGCGUCGCUCUGUCUGACCUGGCCAUUAGAGCCUUCUCAUUCUACUGCAGGAGUCUGUUCACACUGCGGAUGUCAGGCUGUCCAAAGAUGACCGAUAUGGCGAUGCAGUAUCUGACGGGUGAAGCUCAGUACCUGCGAGAGCUGGAUGUGAGCGGCUGCGUGCUUCUCACAGAUCGCACGCAACGACUCCUAGAGAGGAUCUGCCCCCCGCUGUCCUCCAUCAAGAUGACCUGCUGCAGCAACAUCUCCAGGGCGGCCGCCUUAAAGCUGCAGCCUCGUGUGAAGCACUGGGAGCACAGCAAUGACUACUGCCCAUUCAAGCCUGUACACAACAUGGGCAAGGUUCGGCCUCAAGUAACGAAGCCCAUCAAGACUAUAGACACCUGGGAAGUGGUGGAGCACUCAGUGAUCACCAGAUUAGCGCGUACAGAGAGGAUCUAAACGGAUCUCUACUAGUGCUUUAGAAAAAGAAUCAAUCAAAUAACAGCGGCAGCUCUACAUCAUGUUUUUGUACUAGAUGCAUUUUUCGACAAAGCAACAUUAGAGAUAAUUCAAUAUCAGCC